CGCUGCUAAUUCAGGAACUCGUCGACGAUUACUCGAGCGCUCGGCUAAAAGUCAUCGUCGACCAGCAUUGCCAGUCGCUCAAGUUGGUCGCAGAUUUGGAGGAUACUUUCAAGUUGGUCUUUUUGCUUGAAAUUCUCGGCACGUUGAUUUUACUCUGUUUCACUGGCUUCGUCUCCAUACUGGAUCUUCAGAGCAUGAGACUCUUUCCUUUGUUCACCAAUUUGAUCAUAAUCAUGUCGUUCUCCUACAACAUAUUCGUGUACUGUUACGUCGGGGAAAAAGUUAGCGAGCAGUGCUCGAGCGUCGCCAAGAGCAUCUACCGCACCAACUGGUAUGAGCUGCCGCCCCUGGAUGCGCGAAAUCUCUGCUACAUAAUGGUUCUAGCGCAACAUCCAGUGCAAUUGACCGCCGGCAAAAUUAUGAUAUUGUCGCUGGAAAAUUUUACCAAAUUUUCCAAAGUCAGCUUUAACUCUCUCAACAUGAUACGCAAAAUUUUGGAGUCGACUCCAUAA